AUGGAUAACGAUCGUACAAAUGGUAAUCCAGAACGGAAAAACGUCCGAUUCGAUCCGUACUUGGAACUAAUGAUCGUCGACGUGGAUAAAGCGCCGAGCUGCACUUCUGAUCUAUCGCCAGAAUCUUCUACGGUUCGUCAACGGGUUUUUCAGUACCAAUUGGAUGAGUUAAGGCGCUCGGAACCAUCGCAGUUUCAGCAGCAGUCGAGUCCACCCCCGCUGCCGCCCAGGAACCGCGUAAACCCAUUGACCAACAUUAACAAAAGUGCCGGACUAUCGUCGGGUAUAACUCUAAUACUAUCAAAGAAGUCACCGGCGUCAGAAUCGUCAAAGUCGAGGUGGAAAAUAAUAUUUUAUUUGAAGAAAAAGUCGCAACCGAAGACGAAUUUCCAGCCGAAGACGAAAUCCCAGCCGAAGACGAAGUCGCAGCCAAAGACAAAGUCGCAGUCAAAGACAAAGUCGCAACCACAACUGAAGCUGCCACCAAAACCGCCGACGCUGCUACCGAAACUGCAGCCGCUGCCGCACGUAAAAGCCUCAUUUACGGUCACCAGUCGGGGUGUGCAGCAUUUUAGACGCGACCCCGCGCUCGUGGACGGGCUACCCAGCUCCGCUAGCCCUGCCGCCAAAAGUAAAAACGCCGCACCGCAGUCCCGUUUUUUCAAAAUGUUCAGCAAAAAACUGCUUGUACCGCCUACAACGCAGGCACCCCCUCCUCCGCAGCCGCAGCCACAACUACAAUCGGAGCCGCAACCAUCCACGUCAACGGCGCCGCUGCCAACCACAUCAAAAUCACCGCUGCCGCGACCGGAGCCGCAGCCAUCCACGUCUACGGCGCCGCUGCCAACCACAUCAACAGCACCACUGCUGCAACGAAAGCCGCAGCCAUCCACGUCAAAAUCACCGCUGCCGCGACCGGAGCCGCAGCCAUCCACGUCAACGGCGCCGCUGCCAACCACAUCAACAGCACCACCGCCGCAACGAAAGCCGCAGCCAUCCACGUCUACGGCGCCGCUGCCAACCACAUCAACAGCACCACUGCCGCAACGAAAGCCGCAACCAUCCACGUCAACGGCGGCGAUCGAGGUGGUGAUAGAGCAGAAGACACCAGGGAAACAUGACGAUGUAGGCGAAAAUGGCGGCGGCAAAAAACACAAAGGUAGCUGCAAAAUACACAAAGGCCACUGCAAAAAGUGCGAGCGCGCAGACCGCAAAAACGGUGAUGUCAAGAAAGAAGGCGACGACAAUGACUUGGGAACGGAAUGUUUGGCUUUCGCCGUCAAGUGCUUCGGAUGCAACAUCAUGUGA